AUGGAAAAGUUAAAGCAAACGAGAGCAUUCCGGAAAAUACAUAAUGAUAUAAGAAACAAUCAAGUAGUGUACGAUGAUUUGGUAGUAAAGAUCAACAAAUUAUACUACUAUCUCGGAAUGAAUUUUUUGGACAGUAAGCAUUCGUUCUGUAAUCCGAGGUACCUUUUUCUGUCAUUUAUGACGGUUAGCUUCUUUUACGCGGAUAUUGAAUCCGCGAUUUUGGCCGAUGACAUGGCUGAAUUUUUUUAUAAUUUAACCGUACUUGGAUUUGGCGCUCUGGGAUUGGCCAAGAUAUACUUGUACGUUUUUCGAAGACUGGACUUGAAAGCAUUGACUCGAAAAGCAAGUAGCGUUUUCGCAAGGCAUAGAAACAGCCCUCGACAGAACGAGAUAAUGAAGGAUGGUUUGACGUUGAACUUGCUUAUCAGGAAAUUCCUUGGUAUUAUGUAUCGAUCUGCCUUAGCCGUUGUGGUCUCGUUUGGAGUGAUAAUUUCUGUAUACAGUGGAGAACGCACGCUUUCAUUUGGAUUCAAAUUUUCCUUCAUCGAUGACUCCCAUUGGCCAGGAUUUAUCAUAACAUACAUUUAUCAAACAAUUGCUGUUUCUAUUUCGGCAUCCAGCAUGUAUCUCAAUGACAAUAUUAUUGUGAUUAUUUUCAUGAAUUCAUUGUCCAUGUUUGACUGUAUGAUAUCCGAUUUGAAGGAAUUAACUAAGCUAUCGCAAUCGGAGAAGAAUUCGAAAAACCGAAGGGAUAUUGAGCAUCUGAUGAAGUCAUUGAUUCAGCAACAUCAAGAUCUUUUGGAGUAUUUGGACUUAGCCAAUGACGUGUUUAGUUGGUACUUUUUGAUGAUUCUAUUCUGUUUGAUUAGUGCUAUGUCAUUUCAAAUUAUUACCUUGGUUUGGAGCGAAGAAUUAACGGUUGAGAUUUAUAACACGAAAUGGUAUGAUUUAGACGAUUCGACAAAAAAAUGCCUAAAGUUGCUGUUAUUUAUGUCACAAAACACGGCCCAAAUAUCUUAUCGUUUCGGAGCAAUGAAUAUCGAUACUUAUGUUAAUGUUAUUGAAAUCAAAUGCCGCGUGGCCGAACCUGUGGAGGCACCACCUAAAACAACCGUGACCAGUGAGGAACUGCGUCAGGCCAAAGAUUACUUCGCCGUGGGGUCUGUCGAUCCAUCCGGGGACUCUUGA